AUGUCGGAGAAGCCUCGUGAAAUCAACUCGUUUACCUUUAGAGACAUCACCAUUCAACAAGCGUCGGUAACUCCGGACGAUGACAGCGGUAUUGAGGUUCUGUUAAAUAUGCAUCCAUCGCGUAUCAAUGUAGAUAGUGCUGGUAGUCAAUGGUGGGAUUUCAAUGUCUCCUCUAUUUCAUUCGAAAGCCACCGCAAAAAUCACAUGACUGGAAGUAUUGCAACCAAUUCGGAUGCACGCUCAGCAGUCGCCAAAAAGGUACCCAAUUUACCACAGCGCGCCUCUGGUGGACUCUGGAAUCAAGCCUUGAAGAAGGUUGGAUUUGCUUAUGGGCCAACGUUCCAAGAUAUGGAUAACAUUAAACUCGAUGGAUCCACGUAUUUCGCUCACGCUUCAACGAACAUCAAGCCUGCUGUAAUGAAGGAUGAGUCCCGCCACACUUUACACUCAGCUAUCCUGGACUCGUGUCUCCAGCUCAUGAUUGUCGCAAUCUGGGCCGGUCGCGCCAGCGCAAUGCAAUUUGGAGCAGUGCCCGUCCGCGCCGAAGAGAUUACCGUCUGGAAACCAAAGACUGCUGAUCUCACCGAAGACGCUCGCGCUACUAUCUUCUCAUGGAUUGAUCCGCGUGGCCAGAGACUGUUCAAUGCCCACAGUUAA